CUUCUUCUCGCCUCCGGCACCUCUUCCUCACCUGCUUCGACGCCGACGCCGACCAAGAUGACGACGAAUGUGCACCAAGCACCAUUAUAUAUGCAGCACCAAGACAAGAUUGCCCCAAGACACCAAGACGCACGGCAUCAAGAGGUCCAAUCCAGGUUCAGGUCCAGGUCCAGCCAUGGUGGCGAUGAUGGUGGAGAGGUGGGCGGGACUCGGGUCGGCGGUGGCGACCGUCCUCUUCCUCUGGUCCGUGGUGCAGAAGUAUGUGCCGCCCACCUUCCGCCUCUACCUCACCGUCUGGGCCGCCAAGCUCGCCGCCUGCUUCAACCCCUAUCUCCAGAUCACCAUCUCCGAGUACGGCGCAGAGCGCUUCCAGCGCAGCGAGUUCUUCCUCGCCGUCGAGGCCUACCUCAGCGAUGCAUGUGCCCGCCGUGCGAGGAAGCUCAAGGCCGAGCUCGGCAAGGACAGCAAGAACCUCCAGGUCACCGUCGACGACCAUGAGGAGGUCACAGAUGACUUCUCCGGCACGACCAUCUGGUGGUACGCCUCCAAGAAGCAAUCCAAGGCCAACGUCAUCAGCCUCUACCCUGGCCAGGACGAGCGGCGCUUCUACAGGGUCGUCUUCCACAGGCGCAACCGCGACCUCGUCGUCGACUCCUACCUGCCCUUCGUGCUCGGCGAGGGCCGUGCCGUCACCGUCAAGAACCGCCAGCGCCGUCUCUUCACCAACAACGCCAGCCGCAACUCGAACCCCUACCGCAGCAACAGCGUCUGGAGCCACGUCCCCUUUGAGCAUCCCGCCACCUUCGACACGCUCGCCAUGCACCCUGAUGAGAAGGAGGCUGUCGUUGACGAACUCAUGGCGUUCCAGGAGAGCAAGGACUACUAUGCCAAGGUCGGCAAGGCGUGGAAGCGCGGGUACCUCCUUUACGGACCGCCCGGCACCGGCAAGUCCACCAUGAUCGCCGCCAUGGCUAACUUCCUUGACUAUGACGUCUACGACCUCGAGCUCACGGCCGUCAAGAACAACACCGAGCUGCGGAAGCUCUUCAUUGAGACGACGGGCAAGUCCAUCAUCGUCAUAGAAGACAUCGACUGCUCCGUCGACCUCACCGGAAAACGCCGCAAGGACAAGAAGGCCUCUGGCGACAAGGACUCUGACGGUGAUGACAAACCCAAGCUACCGAUGGAUCCAGACAAGGAUGACGCCACCAAGGUGACCCUCUCGGGCCUCCUUAACUUUAUCGAUGGACUAUGGUCUGCUUGCGGGGGUGAGCGGAUCAUCAUCUUCACCACCAACCACAAGGAGAAGCUCGAUCCGGCGCUGAUCCGUCGAGGAAGGAUGGACAAGCACAUCGAGAUGUCCUACUGCCGCUUCGAGGGCUUCAAGGUGCUCGCCAAGAACUACCUAGAUGUCAUCGAGCAUGAGCUCUUUGGGGAAAUUCAGCAGCUGCUUGACGAGACAGACAUGUCUCCUGCCGAUGUUGCAGAGAACCUGAUGCCCAUGUCCAAGAAGAAGAAGAGGGACCCCGACGUGUGCUUGACAGGCCUCAUCGAGGCACUCAAGCAGGCUAAAGCGGACGCGGCAGCGGUUAAGGCCAAGGAAGAAGAGGAGGCUGCGGAGGCAAAGAAAGCCAAGAAAACAGAGGAAGCGGAGGCAAAGAAAGCCAAGGAGGAAGACAAUGGAAAGGACAAAGCACCGGAUCAGGAAGCCAAUGGAGACAUCUAGAAAUGUGACAA